AUGUCCCUGACAGAAUCGACGCCCGAGGCCGCCGCCCGAGCGGCCUCGAUUGCAGCGCGGACUCUGGCCGUUCUGCCAGUGUCCGACCGCAAUGAAGCGCUCACAGCGAUGCACGACGCGCUGCUCGCCAACAAACAAGCCAUCUUAGCCGCCAACGCGCGAGACAUGACUCUGGCCACGCAGGCCUCGCAGUCCGGGCACCUCAGCCAGAGCGUGCUGAAACGGUUGGACCUGUCGCGCCCCGGAAAAUACGACGACAUGCUGUCCGGGAUUCUGGAUGUGCGCCGGCUCGACGACCCGAUCGGCAAAAUUGACUUACGCACGCGACUGGACGACGGGCUGGAGCUGGAGCGGGUGUCGUGCCCGAUCGGCGUGCUGCUGAUCAUCUUCGAGGCGCGGCCGGAGGUGAUUGCCAACAUCGCCGCGCUGGCCAUCAAGUCCGGCAACGCGGCGAUCUUGAAAGGCGGGAAGGAAAGUUCGAACUCAUUCGAGACCAUUGCGACCGUCAUCGGCACCGCGCUUGAGGCUACAAAGGUCCCCAACGCCGCCGUCCAGCUCGUCAAGACGAGAGACGUUAUCGACCAGCUGCUCGGCCUGGACCGCUAUAUCGACCUCGUCAUCCCCCGUGGCGGGAACGAGCUGGUCCGCUAUGUCAAGGACCACACCAAGAUCCCGGUUCUCGGCCACGCGGACGGCCUGUGCAGUGUCUACCUGCAUCGCGACGCCGAUAGGGAUGUCGCUGUGAAAGUCGUUGUUGAUGCCAAAUGCGAUUACCCGGCGGCAUGCAACGCCGCGGAGACGUUGCUGGUGCAUGAGGAUGUCUUGAGGACGGUGUUGCCUGCUGUAGCGGAGGCUUUGUUGGCCAAGGGAGUUUCAUUGCGCUGUGAUGAGAAGAGUAAAGCCGCUCUUAAGGAGUCGUUGGCUCCCUCGUCCGCGGUACUCGUGCAGGAUGCCACCGAGGAGGACUUCAACACCGAGUUUCUGGAUCUUGUUAUGGCCGUCAAGACUGUCCCGGGGUAUCCCUCUGCCUCUCAGUCCACGACCAACGGCGAUUCGGGAUCGGUCAGCGGAGACGACACGUCACUCGAGCUGGCCAUUGCGCAUAUCAAUACCCAUGGCUCCAAGCACACCGAUUGCAUCGUCACCGCUUCCUCCGCGGCCGCUGAAAAGUUCAUGUCUGCCGUCGACUCGGCUGGCGUGUAUUGGAACGCCUCGACUCGCUUUGCAGACGGGAUGCGGUACGGAUUCGGUACCGAAGUCGGCAUCAGUACCAACAAGAUCCAUUCUAGGGGGCCUGUAGGCCUUGAAGGGCUUACAAUCUACAAGUACAAGCUCAGAGGGCACGGACAGACAGCCGCCGAGUAUGGUGAGGGGAAGGGCAAACGGAGAUACAAACACGAGAAGCUUGCUCCUUGA